AUGAGUCCUUACGAUAAGGGAGCUAAAUUAAUAUGUUUCAAGGUGGAGGGUAUACAAGGACACAUCAUAGCCGAGGGUUCAGAGAGCAGCAGCAAUGAACUCAAGUACAUGCAAGUGUUGGACUCUGAUAAGAAUGUAGUUGUUGAUCUACUCAACUUGACUUUGGUGAGGUGUGAAGAUGGUCAGGAAGCGUACCGUCUAGUCAGUAACGAUGGGGAAAGUGGUGACGACACCACCGUCACUUGUGUCCUGUCCAAUGAGGAUUGUGAUGACCGAGACAACCAAGAGUCGUACGUGGUGUUGGAGGGUGAACAGGGACCCAUGGUGUUCUUACAGUCCUCGCUGCCGCAGACCAACCAGUCAAAGCCUAUCAAAACGGAGCCUAAGGAGGUUAUAUUGCCAAAGAUUCCCGUCGCCUUUAACUUAAAAUCAGCAUCUAGAAAAGUACUUGUUAGUCAAAUCUUGGAGUGGGAAUCAAAUCUAGGACCAUUCAUGUUGGAAAAACCCAAAAUGACACCCGCUGAAAUAUUGGAAAGGGCGAAGGCGUUACAGAAAGCAAAAGCUCUAAUGUCCAUCCAGCCCACCAGAGGCCGCAGUAGGAAACGUAAGAGCGAGCUGCCCCCUCCCCACGAGCUGCUCUCAUCCCCUCAGUUCAAGCUGUUUCUGUACUCUUGCAAGCUGUGUAGCUUCAAAUGCAACGCUAUUAAAGAAUUAACAGCCCACAAGGCGGCGGAGCACGGCGGCGGCUCCACCCGCUGGCGGGGCGGGGGGCGCGCCGCCGCCAGCGCGCUGCAGUGCGCGCGCUGUCCCUACCGCGGGGCCACACACACGCAGUUAAUGAAACAUGUGAAAGAAAAACACCUGGAAAGUUCGUCGACGGCAGAUGUGAGUGUGAUAGGAGCCCGAUCGGGACAGUUACUGCUGGAGAGCUCAGAGGUCCUAGCGGCCGAUGUGUUGGUGUGCGGGGCGUGCGGGUUCGAGUCCGGGGAGAGGGAAGUCUUCCGAGACCACAUCGAACAGGAGCAUGGCGUGUCACCUUGCUGACUCACUUAGUUUCUCUGAUUACCCUCAUUUACACCAGUUCCUAUAUUCACAAAACCAUUCGUUUUGUUACAGUCAGUUAAGUAGUAAAUAAUAAAAAAU